AUGGAUUCCUAUCGAGUAUGCACGCUUGGCGGACUGGUCACGUUCCUUAUUCUGCUGGCGUCGUCUUCAGGGGUGAUUUUAGUAGAGCCAGACUGUCCACCUGAGAUGCCGUUCGUUAAUUGUACAACGAGUCCGUGUGACGCUCAAGCGUCGUGUGAUACAAAUCCUGAAGCUGAAUGUGUCGCCGACUAUUGUGGCGGAUGUAUAGCCAGAUUCUAUGAUGAUGAUGGUGGUGAGGUGCACUGCGAAGAGGAGAUGCAUAUCAUUUGCGAAAACAAGAACAACACUAUUGGUUGUUAUGAAGACGGCAAAGUUUUGAACAUCCUCUUUGCAAAUUAUGGACGCCUGUCCGGCGAGGUUUGUCUUCAUCCAUACGGGUUAGAUCGACUCCAUAAUGACACCAACUGUAGAGGGGCAGAUACGACCGCCAUAGUGAAAUCUCUCUGCCAGGGUGAGCGGAGUUGCCAUAUUGCUGCAAAUAAUGUGGUAUUUGGUGAUCCCUGUUACGGUAUAUAUAAAUAUGUGGAAGUGGAUUAUACAUGCGAAGAUUUAGAUGCAUCCCGAGCACAUAUACUCACGAAUGUUAACUUGGUUAAUACACUGUCGACGUUGUUAUACGUGACAGGUUGUUUCAUAUCCGUUCUGCUGUAAAACUAUAUGGUCAGUUCCAGUGCGACGAUGGUAGCGGAGUAUUUCACCGGAUCACAGUGUAUUCCACAAUGGGGGAAAUAG